UGCCGCAGAGGGCGCGUGCGUGAAUUCAAACCCGGAAGCGUUCGCGUUGUAAACACAAACGUAGUUUGUUUCUAUCGCAGGCAGUCGAAAAAAAUGACAUGUACAUGACAUUUUAGUUUUAAACUAAAACAAUUCCCUUACUACGUCGUGUGAAAUUGACGCAGCUACUUCAGGAUUAAGAUGUUAUAGACUAGUGACUAGUCUGACAAGUGCUUGUAAUAUGAACUCAGGAGGAAAGAUGGCACCUAGAAACAUGACGAACUCGGGGGUGAGAUACUCCAAACUGGCGAGCGAUGAUGAUGGAUACAUAGAUCUCCAGUUUAAGAGGAGUCCACCUAAAGUCCCUUAUAAAGCAAUCGCCCUGGCAACAGGCCUCUUCCUCAUCGGCACCAUACUGAUCAUCAUCGGCUCUCUCCUGUUAGCAGGAUACUUUGAAGUGAACGAUCACCGCGAUCGCACCAUCCCCGUCCUGAUCAUCGGAAUCCUUGUUUUCCUCCCUGGAUUUUACCACCUGCGCAUCGCCUACUACGCUUCCAUGGGUUACCGCGGUUACUCCUACGAUGACAUCCCAGACUUUGAUGACUGAUGACAGCGGGGCACGGAGUCACAGAUUUGAGCCUGGUUUUGAUGCAGCGGGACGCACCUGCCUGCUGCUGAUGUGUGCUGAAUUAAAAUGACUUUUUAUUUCAACUUCAUAGACUGAGAAUGUAGUUUGCAUUCAUGAAGCGGUAUGAUUAUUCAUGUGAUAAAAAGCAUUUUAUAUCAGAGAGAAUUCAUCUUCAUCAGUACAUUAUAGUGGUCACUGCUAUAUUAGUUUUCUGUAGUGAGUAACAGGUCUAUGGAACAUGCAAAGAAAACUCUUGAUGUAUUUAACAGAAAUGUGAUUUAUUUGCAGGUCAAGGUUGCUAUAAAUCUCUGGGUUUUGUUUUUUUACGGAUUAGUCUGAACAUGUUGAUGCUUCAAAACAAACUGUAGAAAUAAAUCGUUGCUGUUGUGUACUAUGAAACAAAUACACUUGGCCCAAUCGGUCCUGUGGUGUCUUUAAAUCUAAAUCAGAAGUGGUUCAUGUUUGUAAUUUUCUUAAAUCAAUCGCAGCCCAGGGUAUGAUUUCGCAUCCCCGCAAUGUCUAAUGUCGUGCCACUGGAUCAUAAUUAUUUUCCAUGAUGUGAAUUUCCCCACUCCAGGGAAUGCUCUGGUGAAAUAGUUUUCUGUAAAUCACAGAGUGGUUUGUUUCAUGAUUUUGUGGUUUUGGAAACUUCAGAGUCGAUCUGUCUGAGGUUUAAGAGAACUUGAGUAAAUUUUGGAGUUCUGUGGCCCCCGUGUGGCCGAUGAAUGAA